AUGAGUGCGAAAAAGGUGGAAGGGACGUCUUCUCCGGCGAUCCGACGUGACCCGUACGAGGUGCUCUCUGUAUCAAGAGACGCCAAUGAUCAGGAAAUCAAAUCCGCUUACAGAAAAUUAGCUCUCAAGUAUCAUCCGGACAAGAAUGCCAACAAUCCCGAAGCUUCUGAACUUUUCAAGGAAGUUGCAUAUUCAUAUAGCAUUUUGUCUGACCCAGAAAAGAGAAGGCAGUAUGACAAUGCAGGAUUUGAGGCCCUCGAUGCUGAUGGAAUGGACAUGGAAAUUGAUUUGUCAAACCUAGGAACUGUAAAUACUAUGUUUGCAGCACUAUUCAGCAAACUCGGUGUGCCUAUCAAAACUACUGUGUCUGCCAGUGUUCUUGAAGAGGCUAUGAAUGGAACUGUUACAGUUAGACCCCUUCCGAUUGGUACAUCAGUUAGUGGGAAGGUAGACAAGCAAUGUGCUCAUUUCUUUGGAGUUACGAUAAGUGAACAGCAAGCUGAAUCAGGGGUUGUUGUUAGAGUAACAUCAACAGCACAAAGUAAAUUCAAGUUGCUUUAUUUUGAGCAAGAUUCAAGUGGCGGCUAUGGAUUGGCCUUACAGGAAGAGAGUGAGAAAACAGGCAAAGUAACGUCAGCUGGCAUGUAUUUCUUGCAUUUUCAAGUAUACCGAAUGGAUUCGACAAUCAAUGCGUUAGCUGUAGCCAAGGAUCCUGAAUCUGCUUUCUUUAAGCGACUGGAAGGUCUUCAACCUUGUGAGGUUUCAGAACUGAAAUCUGGCACGCAUAUAUUUGCAGUUUAUGGUGAUAAUUUCUUUAAGACUGCAUCCUACACGAUUGAGGCACUCUGUGCAAAGACCUAUGAGAAUACAACAGAGAAAUUGAAGGAGAUUGAANCUCAAAUCUUAAGAAAGAGAAACGAGUUGCGACAGUUUGAAACAGAGUACCGAAAAGCUUUGGCGCGCUUUCAAGAAGUUACCAACAGGUAUACCCAGGAGAAGCAAACUGUGGAUGAACUGCUAAAGCGACGGGAUUCAAUCCACUCAUCCUUCUCUGUCGUGAAGACACCAAGCAGCAACAACUUAAGCAAUGGAAGUAGCAGCAAACCUCAGGGAGAGGAAUCAAAAGGCGAUGGGGAUAGUGCGGGAGAAGAAGGCGGAUCAGAGAGUAAAGACAGAUCCAAAAGGAAAUGGUUCAACUUGAACCUAAAAGGAUCUGAUAAGAAGCUUGGUUAA